CGAGAGCGAUUUCUACCCUCAGAAGUAGGUUUAGGGUUUUGAGAUCACGAAGGUUGGAACUCUGCUCUGACCCGGACUCUUUGCCCAGUUCUCUUGUAAGAGCUUUGAAAGCUCUCUGGGACAUCUGUAGAGACGUAGCACCAUGACGACCCGGCUGAAGAAGAACAGGAAGAAAAGGGGUCAUGUUAGUGCCGGCCAUGGGCGUGUGGGCAAGCACCGCAAGCACCCUGGAGGUCGUGGUAACGCAGGAGGUAUGCACCACCACAGGAUCUUGUUCGAUAAGUACCAUCCUGGGUACUUCGGUAAGGUGGGUAUGCGGUAUUUCCACAAAACGAUGAACAAGUUCCACUGUCCCAUCGUGAACACCGACAAGUUGUGGUCAUUGGUGCCUGAAGCCAUCAAGGAGAAGGCCGACGGAGAGAAGAGCGCGCCUCUUUUGGAUGUCACUCAGCACGGAUUCUUCAAGGUGCUCGGAAAGGGUGACUUGCCUGCGCAACCCAUGGUUGUGAAGGCCAAAUUCUUCUCGAAGCUCGCGGAGAAGAAGAUCAAGGAGGCUGGGGGUGCAGUCAUAUUGACUGCUUAGGGUUUUCAGAUUAUACCUUCGUUGAGGGGAGUGUUAUUGCAGCACUGUUUUGGUGCUUACCUGUGUUCUCUAAAAAUGCAAGUUCUAUCGAGAGGGACCCUUUCGUUCUCAUUUCGCUCCUCUUUACAGAUUCACGUGAACAUGAUUACGGAUUUCUUCCUUUUU